UCCCUCCCGAGAUAACGGGGAGUGGCAGGAACGCGCUGCAAUUUUGAGUGUCGUUGUCGUUACGCUGAUAGACUCGUCUCAAUAGCGGUUGUGAUGUGGAGGUUUCAAGUUCUAGUUUCGGCGUGUGUUCUACGCAGUCUCACAGCUGUAGGCACUGUGACAGAUGAACAAAGAGGAGAAGCGGGGCAUCAACAUCAAGAUGUUUGUCAGCGAGUAGGCAACGUCUUCUGUGGCUCCCGCACUUGUGUUCCUGAACUGGAAGGAAAGACCUUCGCGUGUGACUGCGGCCAAGACUAUUUCUUCGACGUACGAGAAGGAAAGUGCGCACAUGUCCACUCGUGUACAACGUCACGGUGUCCCGUCGGAAUAUGCGAGGAUGCCAAUCGAACAGCGCCAGGGACGUGUGACUGCAGCAACAGAGAGAAUCUCACACCCACUUGUGAAGUUACCGAAGAGAAAAAGGAGGAAUGCAGACUGAUUGGAGGCACUCCGUCAGUGAGUCCUGACUUUGACGUCCAGUGUGUCUGCAAUCCCAGUGAAGUGCUCAAAAACGACCGCUGCUUGCCAACAACCUGUCUCAACUUCAGCAACACCUGUGAACAGCUUUGCAGAAGAAAUCUUCUCCGCGAGGACCACAGAUGUUGUCAAGGUUGGAAACAUGGCGAUUGCACUGCUCCAGAGAUGGAAGGUGGGUACUGCAAACCUGGAUACAUAAAGAUCACUCCGCAGGAUCCCUGCGUCGACGCAUGCAGCGCCGGUGAAACAAAUCCCGUGUGCUCCAUGGACUGCACAACCAACACAACUGAUGGCACACCGUACAACUGCGUCUGCAAGGAAGGUCUUGAGCUUGCAGACGACGGGCUUCGUUGCUUACCGAAAACAACGUGCAACGCGGAGGAGAAGGCCAGGUGUAGAGCAGACCAAGUCUGUGAGGUGGAAGGACAUGUGGCGGUGUGCAAGUGUGCCAGCGACCGCUUGGAAAGAAACGGACGUUGUUCAGGGAACUGCACUCUGGAAUGUCACCACAGGUUCGGCAGUUGCACCAUUUUCAACAACGAGGAACACUGCAACUGUACAUCCCCGCUCCAAGGCGAUUCUUCUGAGCAGUCCACCAAGGAAGGACCUUGUGUAUUGGAAAGCUUCUCUUACUUGACGUCGUUGAAGCUGAACAGAAGCAUCUCCUCAUGGAAAGUAGCUGAAGACUGCCGCAAUAUGAAAGAUCUUCUGACGCAGGCGUUGAGCGUGCUGUUCGGACCGGAAUUCCUGCAUCUAGACAUCGUCAGCUGUCUGGACGCGUACGAGGUACGGCUAAUAUUCAGCAAAAAGCAAGACGAAGCUGUUCUGAAGAGGCUUCAUCUUGCAAGAAUAGCAUAAAGCCACACUCCUGUUAUUUCUGGCCAGA